AUGGUUUCAUUCAGCAAAAUCGCAUUAUUUGCUGCGGUAGCACAAGCUGCUGUCAUACCUCAAGAAUCACCGACAGGCCUUAAGGUUAAACGAUCAGGCGAUCAAGACAUUGUCACCUGGGAUAAAUACUCUUUCUUCGUCAAUGGCGAGCGUGUAUUGAUCUAUAGCGGUGAAGUUCAUCCAUUCCGUAACCCAGUUCAGGAUCUACACCUCGACGUCCUCCAAAAGAUCAAGGCGUUGGGGUUCAAUGCGGUAUCGAUAUACGUCCAUUGGGGUGUUGUAGAGUAUGAGAGGGGAAAGUUCAAUUGGGAUGGUGUUUUCAAUUUGCAACCAUUCUUUGACGCUGCUAAAGCUGCUGGGUUGUGGGUUAUUGCUAGACCUGGGCCAUAUAUCAAUGCUGAAUCUGCAGGUGGUGGCCUUCCCGGAUGGGGUGCUAGAGUUGAAGGCCAAUGGAGGAAUUCGAAUGCCAAUUAUACGGCUGCAUGGCAACCCUACAUCAAUUCCGUGGGCAAGAUUAUUGCGAAGAAUCAAAUUACGAAUGGUGGGCCAAUCAUCAUUGCUCAGCCUGAAAACGAGUAUUCUGGCUUCAUGAACCCGGAUGGAACCCUUAACCCCCAGGAGGAUCUCGAAUAUGAGCGAUUGCUGCUAGAGGCCUUUGACGAAGCAGGAAUUGUUGUCCCAACCGUUUCUAAUGAUGCCUGGAUUGGCGGCCAUUUCACAUCUGUUGAUGUAUACGGUUACGAUAACUACCCCGCUGGGUUCGACUGUGCAAAUCCGAUUUCAAGCUGGCCGGAUCCACCAGAUUAUUUCUAUGCGGCCCAUAGAGAUGUUGCUCCGAAUACUCCAAAUUCAAUCCUGGAGUAUCAAGGUGGAGCCUUUGAUCCAUGGGGAGGAGCUGGUUUCGAACAAUGCUAUAAACUGAUUGGACCUGAGAUGGUCCGAGUUUACUACAAGAAUGCAUAUGCCUCGGCCACGCAUCUUUUGAACAUUUAUAUGAUUUUUGGAGGAACAAACUGGGGCCAUCUUACGAACCCUGGUGGCUAUUCUUCCUACGACUAUGCCGCUGCUAUUGCUGAAGACCGAACCCUCCGCGAGAAAUACUACGAAAUCAAACUCCAAGCCAACUUCCUCAUGGUCAGCCCAGCAUACCUUACAUCUGUUCCCGUUAAUGUUCAAAAAUUCCCUACUAGUGGCCCGAACAUAACCAUUACAGAGCUCUGGGAUGAAGUUGGUGAAAAACAACGAUUCUAUAUCAUCCGCCAAAGCAAGCCUUCCGAGAAUACAAAUUCUGCUUUCAAGGUCGAUAUCGAAACAAGUGCGGGACAACUUACUGUUCCUCAACUUGGAAACGCAGCUUUCAGUCUUCCAGCUCAUGAUUCAAAAAUCCUUGUCACGGAUUAUCCUGCAGGGCCUGUUGAUAUUCUGUAUUCCACUUUAGAAAUCUUGACAUGGAAGGUUAUUGAUGGCAAGACCGUGCUUUUGCUGUACGCCAACACUGGGGAAUCCGGUGAGAUCUCAGUUCUCACAAAUACAGCCCGUAAGGUGGAUGUUCGAAGAGGAAAAUCAAAUACAGUGACUUUCAAGCAAACUAGCAGUUCAUUGACACUGCAAUUUGUCGUCGGACAUGAGACUGUUGUCGCUCUUGAUGAUGAUAUUCUCCUUUAUGUCGUUGACAGAGUUAACGCCUACAACUUCUGGGUUCCCGACGUCAACCUCAAAGAUGACCUCCCAGUCAUCAUCAAGGGAGGCUAUCUGCUCCGAACCGCCAAGUUCUCCGGAAACACUCUAGCUUUAACUGGUGACACAAACGGAACUACUGUCUUUGAGGUCAUUGCCCCAAAGAAAGCUCAAGCUUAUACAUGGAACGGCAAGCGUAUCGACACCGAUCUUACUAGACAUGGAACACAAGAAGGACGAUAUAGAACAACUACUCCUCGAGUUGACAUCCCAGAUCUCGCCCGUUUGAAAUGGAAAUAUAUCAACACCCUGCCAGAAGUAUCCAACAGCUACGAUGAUUCGAACUGGGUCACUGCGGACCAUACCUCCACCACAAAUAAGAUUAAGCCAUUGACACCGGUUGUUUUGUAUGCAAGUGACUAUGGUUUCCAUUCCGGAAAUAUUCUGUGGAGAGGUCAUUUUACAGCUGCUGGCGGUGAGAGUGAAUUCAAUCUUUCGAUCCAAGGUGGAAACGCCUUUGCCUACAGCGUCUGGGAUAACGAUAAGUAUCUCGGCUCCUUCACCGGUGCCCCAGCCCCAAGCGCCCAUAAUGGUACCUACACCCUCAGCUCCUGGGCUAAAGAUAGCAACCACGUCAUCACAAUCCUCCAAGACCAUAUGGGUCUGGAACAGAACUGGUUUGGAGGUGAAGAAAACUUCAAAUCAUUCCGUGGCUUGAGUGACUACUCAUUCGGCGGUGCGAAUCCAACCCUCAAACACUGGAAACUCACCGGGAACCUCGGUGGUGAGAAGUUUGUCGAUUGGGCUCGUGGUGGGUAUAACGAAGGUGGACUUUUCGCGAUUCGGAAAGGAUAUCAUUUGCCUGGAUUUGAUGAUUCAAAGUGGGCUUCCAAGUCACCUUUGAAGGGGAUUAGUGGUCCUGGCGCCGAGUUUUAUAGGACAACGUUUAAUUUAAACAUUCCCGAUGGAGUUGAUUAUCCGAUUUCUAUUGAUUUUGGAAAUAAGGUUAAGGAGUCUUAUAGGGUUGAAAUCUAUGUUAAUGGAUGGCAAUUCGGCAAGUAUAUCGACGAUAUCGGUCCUCAGACGUCUUUCCCAAUUCCCCAAGGUAUCUUGAACUAUAAAGGAGAAAAUACUCUCGCUCUGUCGUUAUGGUCUCUCGAAGAUGGUGGUGCUGCGCUCGAAUCGAUCGACCUAGUUGUCAGAAAUAAGGUCGAAGGAGGUGUUGGAGCUGUUAAGAACAGUCCCGCUCCAAAUUACACUGUUAGACCUAGCUCUUACUAG